CGCUGAUCUGUCUCUUGUAAACAACAUCAGACGAUCUUAAAUUCGUGUUAUGUAAUUUUGUCGUAGCUGUUUUCACAUUCUAGCUUUUUAGUAUAACUGUAUAUUUUAAGAUGGCUUCUUUGAAUCCAUCAUUGUUUGUUCGAAAUAUCUGCAAAUUUUCUUCUUUCAAUUCUCUAUAUUUGAAUAUAAGAAGUUUAUCUUCUGGUAGCAAGGUAACUUUUGAUUGGAAAGAUGCUUUAUCUUUACAAAGUAAAUUGACUGAAGAAGAAAUUAUGAUCGCAGAGCAAUUUAAAUCAUACUGUCAAGAAAAAUUGAUGCCUAGAAUAUUAAUGGCUAAUAGAAAUGAAGUUUUUGAUAAAGAAAUUAUGAAAGAAAUGGGUGCUGUUGGUGUUUUGGGACCUACUAUUAAAGGGUAUGGCUGUGCUGGAGUAUCAUCAGUUGCUUAUGGAUUAAUUGCAAGAGAGUGUGAAAGGGUUGAUAGCAGUUAUCGUUCAGCAAUGAGUGUACAGUCUUCUUUGGUGAUGUAUCCUAUAUAUGCUUAUGGAAAUGAACAGCAAAAAGAAAAAUACUUGCCAAAAUUAGCAAAAGGUGAACUUAUUGGUUGUUUUGGCCUCACGGAGCCAGAUCAUGGCAGUGAUCCAGGUGGAAUGGAGACAAAUGCUGUUUAUAAUUCUCAGAAUAAAACAUUUACACUUAAUGGUUCAAAAACUUGGAUUACAAAUUCUCCAAUUGCAGAUGUGUUUAUAAUUUGGGCCAAAUUAGAUGGAAAAGUGAGAGGAUUUAUUUUGGAGAAAGGUAUGAAGGGACUAUCAGCACCAAAAAUUCAAGGUAAAUUUUCUCUACGAGCUUCUACCACUGGAAUGAUAGUAAUGGAAGAUGUGAUUGUUCCUGAAGAAAAUUUGCUUCCCAAUGUGCAAGGAUUGCAGGGUCCAUUUGGUUGCUUAAAUAAUGCAAGAUUUGGUAUAUCAUGGGGAGCUUUAGGAGCAGCUGAAUUCUGCUUUGAAACAGCCAGAAAUUAUGUUUUAGAUAGAAAGCAAUUUGGUAAUCCACUUGCAAAAAAUCAGUUGAUUCAAAAGAAACUGGCUGAUAUGAUUACAGAGAUAUCAAUAGGUUUACAGGCUUGUUUACAAGUAGGAAGACUGAAGGAUGAGGGAAAAGCACCCCCUGAAAUGAUUUCUCUUGUUAAAAGAAACUCAUGUGGAAAAGCUUUAGACAUUGCUCGAACUGCAAGAGAUAUGUUGGGUGGAAAUGGUAUUUCUGAUGAAUACCAUAUUAUUCGACACUGCAUGAAUUUAGAAGCUGUUAAUACAUAUGAAGGCACUCAUGAUAUACAUGCUUUGAUUCUGGGAAGAGCCAUAACAGGAUUGCAAGCAUUCAAAGGUUAAGUUUUUCUAUAAGAGGCUAUUUACUUGAGAUUUGUUAUAAAAAAUGAAUUUAUUUUAUUACUGAAUAAAAAUAUUUUUAUUUA